AUGCCGCUAUUCUUCGGAGGAGUCAUGGCAAAUCCAAAGACGGAUGCAAGACCUGUUUAUCCCGGCGGAGGUUCGCGAGUGUGCGUGUACCCGAACUCAUCAGGCACGGCGUCAGACUAUGCAAGGUCCAUCGCCUGGGUAGAAUCAAUCGAGACCGCAUGUCAGACCUGGAGAGAAAACGGAGAUACGCCGAUCCCGAUGCUGAAGAUCUUGUCAUCUCUCGAUUGGCAUGGUCUGGAUCCACGAGGUCUCCGGUACCUCUACUACAUCGCCUCUCUGGGAAACGUUUUGGACCAGAACGACGCCCGGCAAUUUGCGCUUUGGUACGAUACCUACGAAUUGGGCAUUCAAGCCACAGCAAAGUAUGACUUCGUCGCAUAUGCUCAAAUCGUGGCCGCUGCCGACCGUAUCGGGAAGCUAACCAGGAUGGCAAGUGUUAUGGAGGACGCGGUAUGGUACAGAUCAUUGGCUCUCAAAGGCCUGCAGCAGGCACUUGCCAGCUUCUCCCGGGAGAAUGCCGACGGAGUAUUGGCAGCGUCCAUCAGUCUCAUGUUCAACCAGCCGACUCCAACCGACUGGCGGAGAGUUAUGCAAGGGACAGCAGCGGUCGCCGAGGCUAUGCGUCCGUGGGCUGCCUUUUCCGGAACUCGACGUAUGUGGGAACACAUACACCCUGAAGUACAAGAUUCCCAAUGCGCCGCCUUGCAAGACGGAAACACUUCUUCUUAUCCCUCCGAGCUGUCGACUUCCUCUGCUCCGAUGGUCACGGUGCAGUCAUCUACCGCGGCCGUCGCAUUCCUCCUGGAACAAGGAUUGACCGCAAUGAAUCGACUGGGGACGUGUAUUAGACACAUGAAAGAGCUUUCCACGACGGUGAGGGGUCUGGCAGACAUGCUGCGAAUGGCUCAGGCACACCACUUGACCGGCCAAAAGUACGAUCCGUUCUGGCUCGCCCACCCGUUCUGCGGAAUGACCAACCGCGAGUCCAUCUCCUUUUCCGACAUCAGUCGCUCGAAACCCUUUGUCCUUGUCUUCCUGGCCCACCUGUACAGUGCCUUGGUCGUGCUGUCGAUGCUGUAUCCGGAGCUGGACAUUGCUGGGUUCGCGACCGUGCGUCUGCACUCACUGGACGCCCUGAUCCGACAUUUCGAGCCCAUCACCACGAUCCACUGCGACGCCUGUCGCGAGUCACACAGCUGCAAGGAGCUCCUGGCGUUUCCUGGGAAUGUCCUGCAGGCAUACCGCAAAUGGCAAAUAGACCGGCGGAUGUCGUCGUCGUCACCCAGGACGCGAUAUUCUGCAACCGAGAGAUUGAAAGAGGACUCUUUCGACUUGUCAGCGAAUGCAGAGAAAAUUCGCGCCACGAAUUACCCCUGCGAGGAGGCCCCAGGUGGCUGCAACCUGCCUGGGGAGAGUGUAUCGGGGUCAUUCUGCUAA